AUGUCCGGCUUCGACUACAGCUCCACCCUCUUCCAGACACGGCUGGUGUACGUGUACCGUAUCCCUCCACGCGCCUCUUCCACAGCAGGGUAUAAGGCGUCGGAUUGGUCUGAUCCCAAGACGGGAGAUCUGGCCAGCACGGCCAUCUGGAAGGGAAGGAUGAAAGUGGUGGAGAGCGAAAGGGAGGGAAAGUGUGAGAUUAGAUUGGAGGAUGCAGACAGUGGUGAGCUCUUUGCUCUGUGUCCCUACGACAUAUCAGGAAACAGUGUAGAGGCUGUCCUAGACUCAUCCCGGUACUUUGUUCUACGGGUAGAAUCGCAAGACCCUACGACCGGUAACAAGAAGAAGGCCUACAUCGGCAUGGGCUUCGAGGAUCGCUCCGACUCCUUCGACUUCAAUGUCGCCCUGCAGGACUGGGUCAAGCGGCAACGCAACGCCAAGCUCGCACACGAGGCAGCAAGCAAAGGGGAGACCGUCUCGGGGGAUCUCCUCGGGGGCGGGGAGAGUGGGACUAGUAUACACAUACCCAAGGAAGGGGCAAAGGAUCUGAGCUUGAAGCAGGGGCAGACAUUUAGCAUCAAAAUUCCUGGUGCUGGAGGAAGGAAGAUCCGCGACUCGAAUACAUCGGGAGGGGGCGGUGCAUUCGGUGGGUUAGGAGGUGGAGGGUUGCUCCCACCCCCGCCUAGUCGGCGAGGAUAA